GUCCGCUCUAUAUUUCAGCAUGUUUUCUUUACGCUAAAGAUAUAUAUACCGGUAGUCUACAAGCAUAUAUAGGACCAUGUCAUUCAAGUCUGGCUGAAUUGUCACAGAACUCAGACGAAUUUAGUCCUUACGUCAUAAACAUUUUACUCCUCCUCCAAACUCGGCUGGUCCGCUUCACGUGCCAGCGGUGGACUAGAGUACGUUGUACAUACCCUCUGACAGAGACUGUGUCGCGGUGUUCGGCCCGAUCGCUAGCUUUCUACAGCUUCGGGGGCACGGAAUGGAUUGUUUCGUCUGGAAUCUAGCCUGAUCAUGAUUAUUUAAACAGGAUUUAAACUUAUUUUGGGGAAAAUCUACCUGUUAUACGACUGGGAAACACUGAGAAUUAUCACAGGUGAAAAUCGCCGUGUUUGGCAGACGACACAGCAACCCGGCACGUGAAGUCGGUAUCCCACACUCUACUUUCUCUUCGCGACGUUCGGAGGAAAAUUUGCUCCGUUAGAUAUUUUUUCUUCAGGCUUUUGGCGAAGAGGUAGACAAAAUGGGGAUUUUACCUAGAUGUUUGGUGGCCAUUCUUUCUGUUUUGUUAGCGACAGUGGAGUCACAGCCAGAAAACAACAUUGACCUACUGACAGCUGUAGGAGUUCCAUCAGUAACUAAUGGGGUAGGAUACGAAACUGGGAUUACUGGCUACCCAGCAUUUUCUUUUACGGAAAGAGCAUAUAUACGCAAAAGCGCUGCUGAAAUAUUUGGUGCAGCAUUAAAAUAUCAGAACUUUGCUGUGACUUUAGCAAUAAAACCAACCCGGAGGGAUGGAGGUUUUAUAUUUUCUGUGAAAAACCCAUAUAACACAGUUGUUAUUUUUGGUGUUUUUAUAGAACCUUCAACUUUACAAAGACGAGAUAAUUUAGUCUUAUAUUACACAGAGAAUGCACGAUUUUCAGAUCGGCAGCCAUCAAAUGUGUUAGCUAAUUUUACAGUGGAUUCACUUUUUAAUAAGUGGACAGAAUUGGGAAUUAAAGUUGAAGACAAUACAGCCACACUUUAUGUAAAUUGUCAAAGAACAGAAACGCGUCGGAUUAACAGAAAUACUGCACGACUAUUGGCCAUUGAACCUGGUUCAUCAUUCUAUAUUGCGCAAGGUGGACCUAACUUUGAAGGAAAUCAAUUUGUUGGUGCUAUAAAUGAAUUAAAAAUACAUGAAGAUAUUCGGGAGGCAGAACAAGACUGUGCAGAGUCUAUAUCGGGGUCUGGCAUGUCUUCAGGAGAUGAUGAGGAUGAUCUAAGAGCAUCUACAUUACCACCAAUUACUGAUAUUGACGACAUUGUACCUGGAAACGGAGAGAAGGGAGACAGAGGUGAACCUGGACAAACAGGACCACAGGGAAUGAAAGGUCAAAAGGGAGAAUUGGGACCGAGGGGACUACCAGGACCCAUGCCGAGUCUACCACCACCUCCACCACAACCACCAUCUCUCAAGGGAGAUAAGGGUGAGAUGGGAGGGAAAGGGGACAGGGGGGAAGUCGGUGUGCCCGGGUUCCCAGGACAAAAAGGAGAACAAGGAAUGGAAGGUACCGACGGUAUGCCUGGCUUACCUGGUGUACCUGGUGUCAAAGGAGAGAUGGGAAUGCAAGGCAUGCCAGGAAAUCCAGGCAUAGGGACAGCAGGACAGAAAGGAGAGAGGGGAGAUGGAGCUGUUGUCGACCACGACGAGAUUGCUACAAUCUUACUGGGCAUGUCAGAAUUCAACAUCAAGGGUGAACAUGGAGAGAAAGGAGCAAUGGGAAUGGCCGGUCCGGCUGGUCCCGAGGGACCCGCGGGGAGAGAUGGGUUCCCAGGUACCCCUGGAGAAAACGGAAAGAUUGGACCAGCUGGACUUGUGGGACCAAAGGGAGGAAAAGGUGAUCCGGGAAUGGGAAUUCCAGGAUCAGAUGGUUUACCAGGUCCUAUGGGGCCCACAGGAUCACUCGGUCUUACAGGCCCCCAGGGCAGACCUGGACCCCCAGGACCCCCUGGACUCCCAGGGGCAGCAGUGGCCGUGGAGGGAUCGGGCGAGGAUGUUGUCGGGGAGAUGGGACCUGCUGGACCCAAGGGAGAAGCUGGCGAGCCAGGUUUACCGGGUUCUAUGGGAAUCCAAGGCCCUGUGGGACCAAUGGGUUCCUCUGGUAUCCCAGGUGUACCUGGUGUUAAAGGAGAGCCUGGAGUGUUCGCCUACAAUAUGUCUGACCUGAUGGGACCUGCUGGAAAACAGGGAGUGGCUGGAACACCUGGCUUACCGGGUAUGGCUGGUUCACCUGGAGCUGAUGGACAAAGAGGUCCAAUUGGUCCGAAAGGAGAUAAGGGAGAGAGAGGCCUUCAUGGAGUCUCAGGUGUAGCAGGAGCCGACGGAGCAGAUGGACGGGAUGGAACGACAGGACCUAUGGGUCUUCCAGGGCGUGAUGGUAUAAAUGGAGCACUCGGCCCCAUGGGACCUCCCGGCCCACCUGGUCCACCAGGGACUGGAAUGGGAGGAGAUGACGUUGACUUGGUUGUUGGGUCUGGUGGUGGUAGUUGUGACUGUGAGGGAGUGGUUGGCCCUCUGGGACCUGCCGGACCGACUGGCCCCGCUGGAGUGCCAGGAGUUCCUGGUAUUGAUGGUGCCACUGGACUAACUGGGCCCCGGGGAAUGGCUGGAAUCCCAGGCAGGGAUGGAGAAAUGGGCUCAAAAGGUGAUCGGGGAACUGAUGGUAUGGAUGGGGAGCCUGGUAAUCACGGACCACAGGGCCGAGCAGGUGCCCCAGGUAUUCCAGGUACUAGUGGUCGUGAUGGAGUUGACGGAACCCCAGGAAUGAAGGGUGAGAUGGGAUCUCCUGGUGUAGGCAUUGUAGGUCCAGUAGGACCAGCUGGAGAAGAUGGUCAAGAUGGUCGUUCAGGACAACCAGGUCCCCCAGGACCUCCUGGUCCGCCAGGACAACCAGGAGCUUCUAUAACAGUGGAGGGUGUCGGAUCUGGAGAGGAGGGUGCCAUCGACGUCGAAGGCGGAGUGGCUGGUACAAAGGGAGAGAAGGGAGAUAUUGGUAUGGCUGGACCUAGGGGUAUUGAUGGUUUACCGGGUAAGAGAGGCCCCACCGGACUACCUGGACCUGCUGGUCCUGCAGGGGAACUAGGAACCCCCGGAGAACAUGGCCGCAAGGGAGAGAGAGGCCCUGCUGGACGUGACGGAAUAAAUGGUGCACCGGCUGCCCCGGGGGCCCCAGGAACCCCAGGGACUCCAGGAGAACAAGGUAUACCGGGGCUUCCAGGUAGUGAAGGACCAGCAGGAACUGCUGGACCCAUGGGACUCAUCGGACCUGCCGGACCUGCCGGACCAGUCGGACCUGCUGGUCCUCCGGGUCCACCUGGACCUUCAAGCCUCAGAGAGGGUGGAGACAAGGAUAUUAUGAUUGGUGAAGGUGAAAAGGGGGGAAAAGGAGAUUCUGGAGACCCAGGACGAGAUGGGUUACCUGGAGAGCCUGGACAAUCAGGACCAAUAGGACCACGGGGAUUCCGCGGAGCAAAAGGUUCAAUUGGCAUGCCCGGACUGAUGGGCCGUCGGGGAUGGAGAGGUAGGAAAGGUGAACGUGGAUACGGACUGCGAGGACCCAAGGGUGAGCCAGGUGUUCCAGGAAUAGGCGGAACUGGUCAAGGAGCUGGUGCAGGACAAAAGGGUGAGCCAGGUGAGAUCGGCCUUCCAGGUGUCCCAGGAGGUCCUGGACGUGACGGUUCUAACGGCAGACAAGGAGCCAGAGGCAGGACGGGUAAUACUGGAGAAAAGGGAGAUAAGGGAGACUAUGGAAGUGAGGGACCAAGAGGACCUGCUGGACCACCAGGACCUGCCGGCAAUGGCUAUGGGGAGUCAACCAACGAAGGAGCCAGGGGACCUGCAGGGCCUGCUGGACCCCCUGGACCUCCCGGUCGCCCGGGGCAUCCUGGUACCCCAGGGACUAACGGUGGACCAGUCAACCUAUCUGGAGGAUCAUCUGGAGCUGUUGUAUAUGACACUGCUACUGAAUUGAUGUCUGUGGCCCAUAGCUUACGUCCAGGGACAUUUGUCUACAUAAACAACGAGGAGAAGGUUUACCUUCGAGUUAACAGUGGCUUCAGAUUGAUACAGAGCGAGUUGGUGGAGAUGGGACAUUUCCUUCCUUUGCCGACACCUACCACUCCUGCACCUACCAGCGCUCCGGCACCGAUCAGAAUCAGGCACAAGACUACCCCAGAACCGUACUUCCCCCCGUCUGACUCUGGCAGACUCAGCAAUGACAUGGAUGCUAGGAGGCUGUACAUGUUUGCUCUGAACAAGCCAUUGAAUGGAGCAUUUCGUGGCAUUCGUGGGGCGGACUAUGAGUGUUACAAACAGUCCAGAAGCGCUAGUAGAUCUAUAGGAAGGAAGACAUUCCGAGCCUUUUUAUCGACCUCCACACAAGACCUGAAGUCUAUUGUACCAUUAAAGAAGGACAAGACCAUUCCAAUUGUCAAUAAAUAUGAUCAAAUACUGUUUGAUUCUUGGAACCAAAUGCUCGAUGGCAAUGGCGGAGUCUUCAAUAGAUCAGUGCCAAUCUACUCCUUUGAUGGACAAAAUGUUCUAACAAGUCCUAAGUGGCCAUUGAAAUAUGUUUGGCACGGAUCUGACUCUCAAGGUAGAAUGCAACGUGAGUUUUCUUGUCUUGACUGGCAUUCAGGAUUUAGGCUAUCAAAGGGCAUGGCAUCUGACUUGGAGAAAGGCAAACUGGUGGACUCAAAAAAAUGCCUUUGCAAAAACAAGUAUGUUGUACUCUGUAUCCAGAAUACAAGUGAGAGAAUGAGGAAAAGGAAGUAAGAACACUUCACAAAUCAUCUGUUCUGCCUUUUUAUUCCUAAAACAUAAGAGGAAACGUGGAUCUUUGUACCAGACCGGAAUGAUUGAGUUUUAUCACGGUAAAAUGAAGGCUUCAUAGUAUAUUCCUCUGCUGUCAUUUCCAACUCAUGAAUAUGCAAAUAUGCGAAAUUAUCUUUGCAUAAAAAUCCAAAUCUCUUAUAUGCAAGAAAUUAUGUAAAUAUGCAAAUUAGACAAAAAAAAAAUUAAAAAUUUUGCAUAUGUCUGUGAGAGAUUUGGUUGAGGAAUAAAUGAACCCAUGCAUUUGGGAACAAGCAGGAUGGAACAUUUGAUACUGGUGGAUCCUAAACCUUAAUGCUGGUAUUGGUAACCUGUGACUGUGAUAUUUUUAAAGAUGAAUCUAUUUAUUGUGCCUUGAUCUGGAAUCUCUUCUGCAAUUGCCCCUUGUCACACGACAUGCUUUUGCAACAGAGGAUUUUAGUGAUGCCGACUUCCGUAUAAUUUGGAGGGAAAAAUUGCUGUCUUUCUAAGUGUUUCCCUUUUUGCUGCCUAAGUGAAGAUAAACUUUCCACAUGGCUAAUUUAAGGGUCGAUAUCACAACAGAAAGGGAAGCGGAAAAGUUGACGCAGCGCAGAUGGGUGAAAUCCUAAGUAGAUUGUAGAAGAUAACUCCGACAAUGUGUGAUUUAAAGAUUCACACUCGAGUGAAAAUGUCAUCAAACAAUCUUAUAAUUAUACCUACUGUAUAUGGAUAUAAAAAGUGAAAAUUAUGCAAACAAUUCAUAUUUAGACAUAGUAUUGUUUGGUUUGGUGAGUGCUUAAUUUGUGCAGCAGGAACUGUAAACAACGCAAAAAAAAUGGAAGCAUUUUGUAUUUACAUAGCUUUAUAUUUGCUGAAGAGGAUAACAUAUGUGACCAAAAAUUCCUUUUGUAUUAUUUAAAAAAAAAAAAAAAAAAAGCCUUUUCAUUUUUGCUCAUUCAGAUGAAUGUAUUUUGUAAGCUGCAUGAAUUGUUAGUAUUGAAAAACCAAAAUUACGUGUACUUGGUUUCCAUUGUGUUGUUGAAAUGUAUUAGUAUAAUCUCCUUUAUUUCCAUUUGCCAUAUUUGUACUGAAAGUUUUUGAAUGACAUAAUAUAUGCCAUAGUCAUUUAUCAGUUGAUCAAUAUUUUCCUAUUUACUACUUUAUCAAAUUCGUCAACGGUAACACGGCUUCCAUUUAACAUAUAAAUAUAUCGUCCGUUAGUGUUUUGCUUACCUAAAAUAGGUAUCAAAUGUCCACAGAAACUCUCUCUGGGAAUAAAGUUCCAGGGAGGAAGGAAAUGUGUGAUGAAAUUUCACUGCGCUUUUGUAGCUUACAGAAUAUUAUGAAGGUUUUAAUUUUAAUUGAAUCUAGAUGAUAAUAACAAUAAUUAUCCCUUUAAGAGUAAAAUUUGAAAUUUCAUGGAAACUUAAUCAAAAUUGUCUCUAGUCAAUAUGACAGUCUAAACCUUAUUUAGUUUAUUUUGUCCAUGAAGUAAUCCCACAUAAAUGAGAAAUUAAAAAAUGGAAAAGAAUGAUGAUGUAAAUGUUCUUAGAAGAUAAUGUAUUGAUUACUGAUAAAGAUUUCCAAUAUUCACUUAAGAUUUCACUAAAUUAUUAUUAUUUUUUCCUUCAUAAGUUUUAGCUAAGUCUAUGAUUUGACUUUUUUUUUCAUAAAUUUUAGUAAAUCUAAAGAGAAAUACCAAGGUAACAUUCAUUAAAAACAGGAAUCUUUUACAACAAGCUGAUCUCUCCCUCUGAAACACAUGUUAUCAGUAUAUAGGAGAUACAUUUAUGCUAUAUUUACGUCAUCCCAACAUCAACCAGUUAAAAAUGUUAUGUCUCUGUCUGUGCUUUCAUUUUUUUAUGUUUUAUAUCAUAUUCUGCUUAAUAACACUUUUUGUUUAAUAUCAUGUUCUCUUGACACAUGACAAUGUGAUAUUAAAACAGAAUGUAUUGUAUCAUAAAGAUAAAAAUGUAUCGGAUUAUCUCCCUUUGACUUUCAGCCAUUUUUACAUAUAUAUAUAAUUUUAAGGUAAUGUUUGUAUGAAUCAGGAGGUUGAAAAUCUGAUAUUUGUGUCUGCUACCAGAAGAUUUUUGUUUUUCUUUCAAAAUUAAUUACUCUUCCAUUCCUUUAAUGAUUUUUAAUUUUUGAAUUUUCUUAAAAUAUUAAAGAGGUGAUGCACACUGUUCUAGUCAGGUGAACAUCAUUUGAAUUAGGUAUUUAUCGUUGUUUUGAUCAAACAAAGUAAUGGGUAUUUUUAUCAGCAUUGAUGGAACCAGUGAUUGUGUGUCCUAGUACUGUUUUGUUUAUAUGAGCAAAAGAAUAAAAGUCUAGCAAUGUUGAAACAAAAAUUUGGAAGUUUUCCGUGAACAAAGGACAUCCAUCUUUGAUCUCUUUAUAACUUUUCUAUAGGAGGUAUUUUUUUAUCUCUGUCCAUGUAUAUCUCAUUAUUGCUUAUAAAUCUAUCAACAGAUAUGGCCAGUUAUAUGUCGAAAACUUACAGAUGUAGCAAUGUAAUGUAGACCUUGUUUAACCUGAUAAUUAGCGAUCCCAGCCAAAGUCACAAAAAGUUCUGGAUUAGAGAGGUUUCCUGAUCAAAUACUGAAAAUCUGGACACAUCUGGCUCAUAAUCAGGAAACAGAUUUUGUCUUUUUUCUCCGAAAACAUUUACCAUAUCUUAAUAAUGAUUGUGUUAUAGUACAUGAUUAUGUACCAUAUGUGUACAAUUGGUCAUUGUACUGGGUACACAUGUGAUAUACAUCGUGGCUUUGCUAAUAAUUAUUCAUUGAGAGUAUGGUCUAUGAUGACUGCAGGUAACGGGUGCUGGUCCACCUUCAGACAGUGAUUGUGAUACCAGGUAGAAAUGAUAGAAGCUGCCAGCAACAGGACAUUUACAGCUAAUACAAAUUUAGGACAUGGGGCCAGAAACUAAAUGACUGCAUUCUGUGGUUUGAUGGUUUACUGGGAUAGAAUACUUCCUGUAACCCCUCCAGUUUUUAGCCAUCUAGAAACCUUGUGUCAGGUUAGACAAAUUUUACAUUACAAGUCCGUAUAAACAUUGCAAAUUAAAUGUUGUAUGUUAUCUAGAAAUCAUUAAUGUGCACUUCAUUAUUCCGUUACUGUUAUGAUCAUUCUGUCCAUAAAAUGGAAUUAAUAGCAUGUAAAAAAAGUUGGGUUCUUCACAGUUUUAAAUCGUCAACAAUUAUUUUGAGACGUAGAAUAAUGAAAAUAUGCUUUGUUACAGCUACACUGUUUUAAGAGAAAAAAAAUCCAAAUUUUCAUAGAUGAUUGGUUGGAAAAUUAAAACUAUGAAAGAAUGCAUUGAUGUUAAGUUUGGCAAGGAGAAUUCUUCAAAGUUCUUGAGUAACCAAAUUCAAUAUUAAAUACUACUAGUCAAAUUAUUUGAAUUUAUACAUCUAGAAGAUGUCUUAAAAGACCUAGAACUGAUAUAAACAGAAAAGAUUCUUGUGGUCAGUUGAGAAACUGCAUGAUCAUUUUAAACCUACAAUGUUAGAACCCAGCUUUUAAAAUCAUGUUACAUAUAUUAUUAUAAUUAAAGAUCAUUAAUAACAUGUAAUUAAAUUACUCACAUUGUAGUGGAUCUUGAGAGGAAAUGCUUUCCGAGCAUUGCCUGUUGUAAUACUUGUACAUGAUUUUUGUAUUAGCCUUCACCUUUGAAGAUACCGGUCAAAAUUUUGUUAUUCCUGUACAUGUUUGUGUAUGUUAACCUGCGUCUUGUAAAGUUUAAACACAUUUACUUAACUACAAUAAAAUAUAUAUUAAAGUAUGUUCGUUCAUUGUCAUAUUGCUUUUGUAAUGUAGUGUCCACCCACUAUUUUUAAAAACUUGUAUUGUAAUUCAAUCCAUGUGCAUCAGAAGUUUCAUAAAUGAAAAAUAAGGAUGAUAAUGGAUAAUUUUUGAAUAUGUAUGAUUUCAUUUGUAUUUUAAAGAUUCAAAAUAUGAAAUCUUAAUCAAAUUCUAGAAUUGAAAAAAUGAAUUGAAAGUAUUCAUUCAUUAAAAACUUUAUUGUAGAAACAAUUUCAGAAAUUUUUAAAACCACUUUACCAGGUAAUAUCUUUUUUUUUAUACUUCAAAUUUUAUGCUGACAUGCAUAUCAACACACAAGGAUGACAUAUAUUUGCUAUAAAUAGAAUCCGGUGCGAAGUGUUCUCUAUAAGAAUAUAUAAUCAAGCUUUAGGUAUGUAUACACUAGAUAAAUAAAUAUUUACCUACAUGUAGGUAUAAAUGUUGUUACAGCUUUAAAGUGACCCAGAGCAUGUCUCUUCACUUGGAAAUCAUUCUAUACCUAUCCUUGUAAUAAGCCGAGGGACUGUCUUUGACUUCAGAGAUCAUUCUUAUAUAUCGGAGUUACUUCCCUUAUUUGACUGUCAGCCAGCCGAUUGGGCUGAGAAUAUAAGGGAUGGGCUAAUUGCAAUAUCAUGGAAAAGUGUUUUUUUAGCAUUUUAAUGAACUGUAGUAGUGGGUUUAUAACAAGGCGUGGAUUAAUUGCUGAAUGAUUAUGGUAGAUACGUGAUGAUACUUCUUGAUGGCAUUGAAUAAAAUCAUCUAAAUAGUCAAUAUAAUUAAAGCCUUCAACUUUCCCAUGCCAGAUCAUUUAACUAGGUGUUAAAAUUUGUAUUGUGAUAAUAUUGAUUAUUAAUUAUAAAAUUAAGUUCUCUGAACUUAUAUGAAACUCAUCUUAUCCAAAUUGUCCCUAGGUGAAGAGUUAAUAAAUGCAUUUAUUUACUUUUUAUAUCUGAAAAAUUAAGCCGACUUAAUUUAUAAUGUUUAGUUUUGAAAGCAUUUUACAUAAAUUCAUAACUAUUUUUUAACAUUAUUUUAAAAUAAAUUCUCAAAAUUUUAAUUAUAGAUUUUAAUGUAUAUAAUUGCUAGUUUGAACAGGAAUUUGCAUUUGUUUCAGUUAGGAAAAUUUUCAUUCUUACUUCAUAAAAUAAAACAAAUAUUUUGCUAUAUAUUUGAUAGUUCAAUAAUACAAAUAAUGAAUAUUCACGACUAUAAAUUUACAUAACAUGAAUAUGCAUGAGAAAAAUUAUAAUCAUCUAAAAUGCUUUAAUUUAGCCACUGAAAAUCCAUAUGCAGGAACCGAGUUUAAAGAGGUUUGAGAAGUCAACUGUGUGUUUGUUUUAUAUUUGUAUAUUAAAAUCGGAGUCAGUAUUGGUAUAAUAUGUAUUCAAGCAUAAUGUCAUUUCAUCCUGUAUUAUAAUGGUUACAUCUCGUCAAUCCAGCCACCUCCCAUCACACCGGAUAAAAUCGGGAUUACGCUAAAGUCCAAUCUUUACUGGUUCUGAGGUUAACAAGACUCAAAUGUAUUUUAACGAGAAAGGUUUCCAAAACAUUUACCCAAUAUUCAUAUACUCAUCCGCCUUUCUUAUAAUAAACUACAAACACAAACUUUAUUUUGAUGACGUUGAAUUUUAUAUUUGUUAGAUUGCUACAAAUAGAAUUCUUCUUGAAGUGCCUUGAACAAGUUUGGAAU